CUCUUAAUAAUUUCUCCAGCUCGCUUUCAUCUGUUUCAACACACACAGCCCAACAUGUCCAACUUCGUCGCUGCUGCCCUCGAGGCCGCCAAAACGAACGAUCUCCCCAGCCUGCGCACCGCUAUCACUGCCUGGCAAGCACAAGAGACGCCAAGGAGAGCAAGCCAGCCGAUGUUAGUGUUUCAAGAGGCUUUAGAAGAAGCGCUAAAGAACCAUAAUGUGGAGGCUGCCGAAGAACUGAUCAAUCGUGGGUGCGAGAUUAGCAGAGACGUCGUCAUCGCGGCAGCUGAUUCAUUCGAUGAACCCGACUGGGAUUCUCGAUCUUUCGAUGUUUUAAUCGAGGCUGGAUUCGAUGUUGAUGAGGAUCUAGGCCUUGUUGGCACCGCUCUCAGUAUGGCUAUUCUUGCAGAGAGACCACGGCAGGUGGAAUACCUGCUCGAAAAUGGGGCAGACCCUAAUGGUAACCACUACAUGGACAUGUCACCGGUGCAGUGGGCUAGUACGAGAAGCCAAGAGAUGGUUGACAUACUUCUUGCGCAUGGCGCAAGAGAUGAUCGAGAUGAAAUGAGUGAUGAUGAUGAUGACGACGACGACGAUGAUAAUGAUUAUGAAGGUACGGAUGAUGAAGUUGCAACGGAUGGUGAAGAUGCUACAAAUGGCCAUAUUACAACAAAUGGUCUUGGUAGAGAGUGAUUAUUUAGCUUGGUUUUAUUAGUUAUUAGUUAAAUAUCAUCCCCAGUGCAGUGUUAAAUAUCAACUUUGUUCAGAAAUCCGGA